AGAUCUCCCGCUGGUCUCUUUUUUCAAGGAUAUAUUAAAGCAGCCCAAACUGCUGACUCGGGACACUGCUCACCAGCAGAGCCCACAGCACUGAGACAGGCAAUGUCUGGGCAACACUGUCUGGAGCGAUUUGCAAAGGUCUCUGCUUCCCCAGGGCAGUGAGCCCCAUGUCCAGCCAUGUACUGUAGGCCUGGGACAAGGGGCAGCCUCAAAGCAGCCUGAGGGGCUGGGCACAGCAGGGCUGCAACCUGUGCUAGUCCAGCCUGCCUCUGUGGGCAGGGGAAAGGGGGGCACUGGGCUGGCAGGGAGCUGAGCUGAUCACCUGGUGGGGCAUGAGGGGACCUGGGGCUGUGGGAGCCACCACGUGUGUGUUUGUGUGUGUGCACUUGCACUGUUGGGGACCAGCAGGACCCUCCUCAUGCUGUAUAAACUGCUAUUCCAUCUGCUAAUCAGAACGGAAGCUCUGGCACUUCAGCAUCAUUGAUUUGCUCAGGAACCCAAAGAGGUCACAGAUCCAUGUCAAAAUAUGUUGAAAUACUCUCCCUUUUAUGCAAGGAUGUUCAGGCACCUACACUGGGAGGCCAGGGAAAUGGCAGCUCUCCCUGCUGUAGAAACCACCAGUGUGCAGAGCCCUGGCUGGGGUGGGACAGCAUGGCAGAUUUGGAAGGUUAGUUAUUGUCUACCAGAUGAUGGCUCCAUCCCAGCCUGACUGAUAAAAACCCAGCCUUUUCUUUUAGGCUUCUGUGGACACAGCAUUUUAAUGAUUAUUUUUGUCCAACCAGCCUAGGUAACAAAUAGGUGAGAGGGCCUGAGGGAAAUUUGCAGUAAUGAUGGAGAGAGCUAAGGGUCUGGAAAAGGAGAUCUAACUCCUGGGUUGCUAUGGAUGAUUGACUUUGAGGGACAGGACACACCAGGGGUGCAGGUUUCUUCCCUCCAGCCUCACCCCCACUUGCUGCUGCAUUUUUCUGCUCUGUAAAUAUUGCAGAAAUCAAUGCAGCAGCUGAUGUGGCAUUUUGACAUCUGAGGGAGGAUUAUUACACCAGGUGUUUAUAAACCUGCUUCAUCAAAACUUCAGUCAGCAAGUAGAUGUCACCUUGCAGCCCUUGCCUGAGUCUUGGUGGCAGCCUCAGAGGGACAGGCCCCACAUGUGUGGAAAGCAAUGGGGCUGUUGCAGCACUGGAUGAGUCCAAGCAUGCAGGUAGGGAAGGAAAGAGGCAGCCUGGCUGGUUGUGUUGUUUGCUUUGCACUGGUGAUGAUGCAGUGGUAUCAUUUUCAUGCUAAAUGCUAAUUUUCUGCUUUGCUGGCCUCAGAAUAGCCUACAUUCAUAUCCUUCAUUGCAGCAAUUAAAGGGCUGGGUGCUCAAGCUGAGGCACUUGUGAUGAGCAUGAUUUUAAUCAGUGUGCAUGAGAGAGAAGGAGGAAUGUGAUUGCCUUGCUGCUGCUGUGGGAACAUGUGACAGCCCAUGAGGGUAAGAGAGCCCCUACCCUGGUAUGAGCAUGCAUCAGCGUCAGCUCAGCACUGGGCCAGGAAGAGAAGGUUUGCCACACUUUCCAUUUCUCUGUCUGGUCAGGAAUUACUGUUUGACUUCAGCAAAACAUUGCAACAAAUCACCUACUCCCCUGCCUCAUGUUUCUACCCCGUGCUACCACCCUCCAAGGUGCCAUGCCCAUGGCACAGAGAUCCCCAGCCACUGUCAGACCGGCUGAGCAUCACUUGCCUGUCCCCUGUGUGGGGAGGCAGGGCAGGAGGAAAGGGCCACGCUGCACGUGCAAGAUUUCCAGGUGUGCCUGUAGGCAGAAGGAUGGAAUUCCAUAGUUCUCUGCUGUGAGACUGCAUCUGAGACUGCUCUGCAUGGCUGGGCAUGGGAGUCCAUUGUGAAAGUGCCAGGAGCAGUAUUAGAUGUAAGUACUUAAGCAUUUACACUGUUUGCCUAAAUCAUAAAGCUCAUCCUGCUGGAUAUGCUCACACAUCCCCUCUGCCUCUUCAGCUGCCUUAAAUGUCCCUCCAAAGGGGAACAGGGACUGUGUCACUUGAAUCCUCACUGCUUUGCUUUUCCUCUGUGUGGCUCAGUGACCAUGUUUGCAGGGAGGGGACCACCCUGCCAGGUUUCUGAGCAGAGCUGUACCUCUCUCGCCGCUGCCACAGCACUAUGGAGUCACAGCAGGUAACACGGGUAAAAAACCCUGAGAGGUGGAGUGGGGAGGGACUCUGGGGCUUGGUUUCCCAUGUCAAGGGAUUUGUAUGUGCAGGGAUAUCUGCAGGAAAUUAAAAUCUAGGGAGAGACCAAACUUGCAUCAAAACUGCAGGAGCCACUGGGAGGGAAGCAGGGGAUAACAGUAUUUCUGGGACUCUACAAGCUUGUUUCUACAAGUUUCCUAGUUCAUAUUUCAGCUCUUCUUUGAAUAUGUCCCAGUUCCCUCCUACAUGGGUGGGGUCACCUUCCAUUUAGACCAGGUUGCUCAAAACCCUGUCCAAUCUGGCCUUAAAUAAUUCUAGGGAUGGAGCAAGUCCCUGUCUGUCUCAUUUCCCCAUCCCAGGGCCUACCUACUAUUUUUAGCACCCAGAGGUAGUAACUGCAGACAACACAAAAAUCAGAGGAGUGGCUCGUUUUGUUCUCUUCACCCGUUCAGAUAAGAUCUUGAAUCUUUUCUCUGGAUUAGCCGCCAUAUCUCAGUGCCUGUCCUGCUCCCACAGGUAAACUUUAUCAGAGACAUUUGAACACUUACCCUGUUUUUCUGGAGGUUUUAACACUGCCACUGCUCUCUGGUCAGGCAGAAGACUGGGUAGUCAGUCAGUGGCAAUCCUGGGCAAACAGUCCCCACAUACCUACAGCACAACUUCACAGAGAGAAGGUGGAUUCUUUCCUCCACUGAGCUCACAGCUCAUGCCCAGUAGAACCCUCUGCCAGGCCCCAUCUGGCCUCUCUAAAAAGCUUCUCUUCUGUCUAGGCUGGCACUCAAGAGGGGAGGACAAACACAGUAGGCACAAGUGUGUUAGAGGAGUAUGUUCAUUGUUAAAAAAAAAAUAAAUCUGGUUUUGACCUGGAGCAUCUGAAGCAAGAUGCUGUUUCUCUUUUCAUCAUGUACAGGUGGGUUUCCAGGACUCAGGUAUCUCCAGGAGAAGGGCAGGACACACUUGCAGUGUGGAGUGAAGGGGCCACAUUUGGACCUGCUGCACAUCCCAAAAGUCCAUGUCUGGGAGGGCUCACUACAGCACAGGGAAGAACAGGGCAGACACAGGUUUGGACAGAUAGGCAGUGAGUUCCCUCUCCCUCCUGCAGAAGCUUGGGUGAGAAGGGAGGUUUCUCCCUCACACUGGCUGAGCUUUGAGCUGUGUACUAAUGACAGCACAAGGAGGAGAGGAACUAGAGAUUGACAGUCAUGACAGAUUUUUGUUGCUGUUUAGGAUAGACCUCUCUCAAUUUCUUCUUCUGUCUUUCCAUUUAUUCUGCACCUCCCUCUUUUUCCUUCCUCCCAACUCUUUCCUCCAGCCCAUCCCUCCUCUUCCCUUUGUCCUAGUUCUCCUUGCCUUCAGUAAGUAAGGAAUUAAAUAAGCCUCUAUGGAGACAAAACCAAAUGCAAUAGCAUCCCUUGCUUCCCUGGAUAGGAUGUUGAUGAAGUUAGUGAAGAGACAUCUCCUUAGGAUGCUGCUUUUAUUUUAUUAUUUAGCCCAGCAUGCACCGGGUCAGGAUUGCGGGAGCAUCCUUAGAGCCACAUGCAUGCUUGGAAUAAAAGAGCUCACUGUGAAGUCCCAGAGCACCUCCAUACCCAGGCAGUGCCCCACACACAGGAAAGGUGGGGUCUGACCAGCACCAAGGGCUCCCCAUCACUCAGACGAGGCCCACCUGGAAACAGCAAUAAAGAGGGGUCUGAGGUACCAGCCUCAGGGUGUUUGUGUUUAGUAGGUAAUGAAGGAACCCGAGGAGUAAAUUAAAAAAGAAAGAUGCAGAGGAAGGGUUUCUCUGCUUUACAGUGUGCUUGGCUGGGGCCAUCCCUUGAUGCUGCUAUCUUGUAUCUGUGCCAUCAGAGUAAAUAAACCUCCUCUUGUAAAUGCUGACCUCAAGCUGUGUAGUAAAUUCUGGUGCCAGCCAAACCUGUGUUUGGUUGCUUGCAGUGUGUUCUUCUCAGUAUGAGGCUGCUGUAUUGCUUUUACCACAAGCACCAAACGCUGUUAGAUAUUUUCCUUUGGGACCCAAUUCCAGGUACAGUGCAGCAUCUUGUCAAAUUUUUUUAUUGCUUGCUCUCACUCCUCACAUUUCAAAAGCAGCAAAGUUCGCUGUUAUGUGUUUUGCCAUGUUUUUACUUCAGAGCCAACUUAAUCUUCAUGUUUUCCUUUCUCUGUUAAUCUCAGGAUUAAGGAAAAGCUGUGAAAGUAUGAUUUGAGCUUUUAGAAAUAUUUUCUGCAUUAAAAAAAAAAAAAAAAAAAGAAAUUAACCUGCAAUGAGCAACCCUUUUUAUUUAGAACUGAAUUAAUGAACUCCCACUGAAGAUGGGCAUGUUGGGCAUUAAUAUAUGUAUAAUUAUGCAAAACCACUGUUAUGCCUCUAAUGAAAAUUAGAUUCUACCGCUGAGGCUGUGUUUGGUGAUAGUGUAUAUCUUCAUUUGUGCUAUAUUUAUUCUUUUUUCCUAGCUGCAUGACCUAGGAUUACAGUUGCUAUGGCGAUAAGACAGUUAGUGAAGGAAGGAGUGAAAGCUUUGCUCUGCCCCCAGGACACAAUAUGGAAGCCAUCGCCAAGUUUGAUUUCACGGCUUCUGGAGAAGACGAGUUGAGCUUCCAGGCUGGUGAUGUGUUGAAGAUUUUGAGUUCCCAGGAAGAGUGGUACAAGGCUGAGCUCAGAAGUCAUGAGGGCUACGUUCCUAAGAACUUCAUUGAUUUCCAUGUUCCCCACUGGUUUGAUGAGAAGAUAUCCCGCCACGAAGCAGAGAACCUUCUCAUGAGCAAAGGAGUUGGCUGCUUCGUUGUCCGAGCCAGUCAGAACUCUCAUGGUGACUUCUCCAUCUCUGUCAGGCAUGAAGAUGAUGUACAACACUUCAAAGUGAUGAGGGAUUCAAAGGGUAGCUAUUACCUGUGGACAGAGAAAUUCCGCUCACUAAACAAACUGGUGGACUACUACAAGACGACUUCCAUCUCCAGGCAGAAGCAGAUCUUCUUAAGGGACAACAGCCAAGAAGAAAAGGAGAGGCACGGCGGGAGCCUGGAACGGAUAGGUCGGGAAGGAUUCCACAUGGGAGGAGCAGCUGGAGAAGAUCAUUCUUCUAUAUCCAAGAGAUAUGUAGAGUAUCCUAUUCCCAUACUGCAGCAGCAGCAGGAAAGAUAUGGUGGGAGUCUGGACAGGAAAGACAUGAUGUAUAGACUAAGGGAUCAUGGCCAAGGAAGUGCAGGAGCUAUGCAACGGAGACACACAGACCCACUGCACCAGCAGGCACAGAGAACGCUGUGGGUCCGUGCCUUGUACGACUUUGAUGCGAUGGAGCACGAUGAGCUGGGCUUCCGCAGUGGGGACAUCUUAGAGGUCCUGGACAGCUCCAACCCAUCCUGGUGGAAAGGACGCCUGCGUGGGGAACUGGGUCUCUUCCCUGCCAACUACGUCACACCGGUGCUGCUGUUUUAAUUGUAGCACAAUCCUUAUUAAUAUUGUGGUGAUUCACUUACACCUCAGAGUCUGUUGCCCGUGCAAGAGGCACAUAUUAGCAACCUAGGACUGGAGCCUUAAGGUGACAGUGCUGCACUGACCUCACCUGACAUUUACCAACAUUUUGGAAAGAACCAAACCUCUGGAACAUAUCCCAAGAGAGUGCACUGUGAAACCAAAAUGGGAAGGCAUAAAAAUGAAAACCAGAAGAAUAUUUUUUUCUUAUUUUUCUUAAGCAAGAAAAACAGUUCAUGAGAAAAGAGAAUGUAAACUGAGAUAACAGUAGGAAAAGUAUGUGGGAAUGCAAACAUAACACAUGAAACAGAAGAAGCUGGACUUGUACAUGGUAAAAUAAGUUUGAUGAGCACAGCUGAGCUGUGCUUUCUCCUGUCUGAAUGAACUUUUUGCCUAUGUUCUGCUGCAAAUCCAUAUUUUGCUUGGAAAUGUCUCUGUGAUUAAUAAGGCUGAGCUAAAAAGAGUAAACGGAAAUUUCCUCUCAUGUGAAA